AUGGCUGCGAGCAACACCAUGAACUUUGGUCCAGAGUGGAUGAGACGUUUUCCAAAAACUCCAGCAAACGAUAGCAAUCGUUCUACUUCUCCAACUUUGCUUUCAUCUAACGUGGCUACCAAUGCGACUACCGCUUCGUCAAAUAAUUCCAGCAGUGCAAGUAACAACACAAAUAAUACACCAAAUUCUACUUUCAACGUUAACAACAACGUCUCGGGCACAAGUACAUUUUCUUGGUCUUCUGUGGCGGCUGCAAACAGUAAUAACGCUACAUUAAAUCGUUCCCUUCAACACGAACCAUCCGAGAAAUCUGAUGUACCUGGUUCUAAUGAUUCCGCCUUAAAUCCUUUCAAAUAUUCCAAGGAAUUCAUGAUUAAAUUAUAUAAACCGGUAGGAUUGCCUUUGGAGUUUGAACGGCACGAAUAUAUUACAAGCGAAGAGCCGUUACAACCAAUGGCAUUGAUAGUACCAACAGAACAGGAACAAAAGCUUUUAUCGGGUGCUUCUGUUAAUAGUGAUCUUACCCGACGUAUCGUCUCCAAUACUACAGGGGGGGUGAUUACAGGGGGUGAGCGCGUAGAAAGAGAUAGAGUACCGUAUUCCCCACGAAAUGAUAAACAUAUCAAUACGGGGCUUACUUCGCCCAGAGGAGAAAGAUUCGGUGGAAUUAUCGGUGGAGUACUCAGCGGGCGAACGAGUCCACGGAGUAGUCGUCCACCUCGAACACCCGGAUCUUUAAAUCCUUCAAGUGACGAUCCAAUUUGGAAUGGCGUGGUAACUAGAAAUGCAGUAGGAACUUUUGACAGUAAUGGGGUGUUUAGAAUUCAAGGAAAUCAUGUAGACGAAGAAUCUCUUGAUAAAUCAAAGAAAGAUGAUCCCGAACUUAAUAAAAAAAUUGAUCAAGAGAUUGAAAGGAAAAACCAAGCCGAUCAUUCGGAUGCAAGCGAUUAUACAAAGUCUCCUCAGAGUGAUAAUAUUUCGGAAUUAAAAAGUGAACCUAUAAAUAAUAUUGAAGACAUUACGAAUUUAUCAUCGGAAGAAUUGAAUUUUUUCCAAGAAAACCCACCAUUUCAACGUGUUAAUCAACAUAUGCAAGCUGAAAAAGAACAAAAUAUGAUGCAGGGGUGGCGAGAGUUGCAAGAACAAAGUCAACAGGAGGAUGAUAAUAUAAACCCACAAGAUGAAUUUCACCCACCAGAUGAACAAAAUGAGACGUCACAAUUACAACAAAGAUGGCAUGAACAACAGUUACUACUUCAACAGCAGCAGAUCAUGCAGGAUCGUCAGCAGCAUAUAAUGCAGCAACAACAUCAACAAUUACUAUUACAACAUCAUUUUGACCCUGAUCAAGAUGAUGAUGUACUUAAAGAAGCUUUUUCAUAUCAAAAUAUGGGAGGUAACACACCACCAAUGUCCCCUCCGGGAAAAACUAAGUAUUCCGCACAUUCUAUAAUUGGCCCAAAUAGUGCUUUCGGAGAUACUAAUUCUGGAGUAACAAGUCUCUUUUCUGGCACCAGUCUAAAUUCAGAAUCAAGAAAACAAUCAGAGCAAUCUAAAUGGUUGUAUAGAGAUCCGAGUGGCAAUAUUCAAGGACCAUUUAGCAGUCAAGAAAUGAAUGAAUGGUAUAAAGGUGGAUUUUUUGUACUUAGUCUUUUAGUUAAAAGGGUGGAAGAUGCUACAUUUGAACCGCUAGGAGCUUUAAUUAGAAAGACUGGUGAUGAUGAGAGACCUUUUUCAGCACCAAUGAUAGGAAAUAGACCAUCAUUGACAAUCUCUAUGCCAAAUAAUUCUUCACGGUUGGUAAAUGACCCAUUUCAACGAGCUUGGGGAGCGCCUAAUUCGCCUAGCACAGCUCAAUUGUUUUUAGAACACCAACAAAGAUUUAAUCCGUUCGGAGGAACUACGUCUGUACCGACGACACCAUUUGACAGAUAUCAAUUCGGUGGAGUGUUUGGUCGUAAUGAGACAUCAAAUGGUUGGAGUGAUUUAGGGACGACGAGCUCUGGGUGGGGACCGUCUGAAAAUUACACAUCAAAUGGUGGUAACCUUUCACCUCGUUUGCAAACUCCAAAUUCUCCUCCAUUAUUCAACAAUAAUGCGACAUUCAAUGUGUCACCACCCCAAACUUAUCUGGAACAUCAACGACAAUUAGAGAGACAACAAUAUUUAAUGUUACAACAAAGACAAUUACAGCAAAAUCAACAUGCCUAUCCAGAUACAUUUAUUCGUCAACAGCAUCAAAAUUAUGUUGGUCUAUCUGGACCAGUCUCAGCGCCAAUCACAAAUGCUCCAAAUUCACCAUUCAUUGACGUCAUAACGCGAAAUGCAGGUUGGCCAACCACGGCAGAACAACAACCACCCCCGGUUUCGCCAUGGGGAAUAAUAGCUCCUGGCGUUGGCGUUACACCUUCUCGAGUUCAACAGUCGGAAGAUUCGGGGUAUUUUGGUAUUAGAAAAGAAUCCAAUUUUGGUUUACAACAAUCAACACAUCACGAACGAUUACAAAAUCGCACCAAUGAUCGAUCAUAUGAAGUUGUUGGUGGACAAACACAAGAACCUACUUUUGAGAACAAAACGAUUAAUGAGGUUAUCGAAUCAAUGUCAAAGCUAACUCCAGUGGACGAAAAAAUUAAUUUAAAUAAAGUCGAUGUAAAAUUUAAUAUGGUGGAUAAAAUAGAAUUAUCACCAAAGGCUAAAUUAGAUGAGCCUAUCCCUCAACCUACACAAAAGGAAGAAGCUUUGCGAUCAAAACCUUCUUUACGUGAAAUUCAGGCGGAAGAAGAACGUAAAAAGCAGCACGAAGAAAAAGAAAAAACAACUGUGGUUUCUGGUGCGUCCGCAAACAGUACUGCUGGUAAACUUCCUCAACCACUAAAAUCGUCAAAUGCGGCGUGGGUGAACAAUAGUCCUGUAACACCAUCCUCACCCGCUCCGUGGGCUAAAGAUGAUGAUCACCCAACUCAAAAAAUGCCAUCUUUACGUGAAAUUCAAGAAAUGGAAGCUCGAAAAGCAGUUGAAAGAAAAGCUGCUGCUGCUAUAACUGCAAAUUCACAUGCGCCUGCUCCUUAUAAGGAAGAUGCGACAACCUCAACUACUUCUUGGGGCAUAGUUGUUCCAGCAUCAUCUAACGAGUCGGAUUCGUCUUCACUUUCUACUUCACCUGUUGUGACCACACCAGCUUGGCAAUCAAACAAUACUGCUCCAAAAAAGACUCUUAGAGAAAUUCAAAAAGAGGAGGAGGAAGCAAUAAAGAAACGCAACAAGCUUCGCGAGAUGCAACAGGCAUUGAAUAUCUCUGCUGCAUCCGGUGGAACGACAGCUCCAAAUAGCAUGGGAAAACGCUAUGCGGAUACGAAGCCAUCAGUAAACUCUGUGACUAAUGCCUGGACAACCGUUGCAAGUAAAACGUCUGCUCGUGUCACUACUACUACUCCAACGAAUAUUAGUUUGAACUCAAAAACGAAUAUAGCUACUAAAGAUGCUUCGCUUUUAGACUCAGAAUACAAGUCGGUUAACGGUGUUCAGACUGGAUUAAGAGCUGUAAACCAAUCUGCUAAGCCUACUGAGACCUUGAAAAGUGGUACCAGAACGACUGUUAAUAUGGGCUUAUCCAAGCCUAUGACGAGUGGCACCAAUAAUAACAAUAACAGUAGCGGUAAUAUCUCAUCUUACUCUGAAGUUUCUACGCCACGAGCACCUUCCGAAGAAUUUUUAAAAUGGUGCAGAAAUGCCUUACGCGGAUUGAGUAACGUAAAUGUUGAUGAAUUCAUUCAUGUGUUGUUAACGUUUCCACUUGACCCACCCCCGGAAACUGUCGAGAUUAUUCAAGAGUCUAUUUAUGCUAACUCACCAACUUUAGAUGGGCGUCGAUUUGCUGAUGAAUUCAUUAAAAGAAGGAAAGCUGAUGCUAAUGGAUUACCGAUGAACAGCUUAUUAAACCAUCAUUCGGAUAGUAAACCAAACAAAGAUCUUACAAAUGGAAGUAAUGGUGCAAAGGACGAUUUUACAGGGAAUGGAGCGGGUGCUUUUAAAGUAGUAACGACUAAAAAGAGUAAAAAAAAUAAGCAUUAA